AUGGAUUCGGAUGGAUAUGACUAUUUAUAUAAAGUUAUUUUAAUUGGAGAUUCCGGUGUUGGAAAAUCGAAUUUAUUAUCAAGAUUCGCGAGAAACACGUUCAAUGUCGAGUCCAAAUCGACCAUCGGUGUAGAAUUUUCAACGAAAAUAAUUACGGUACGAGGCAUUGUCCGAGAUAAGUGUGUCAUGUCACCGAACAACGAGAAUGCAGCGCUCGGCGUGAGCCAUGGUGACGGUUUUGCAGUUCGGAGUGGUGAUGACAAAUUUGGUAAGACCGAUGAGACAGACGCUGUAUCUAUUGUCGUGAGAGGUAUGGUGAUAGGGCUACUGAGGACGAGGUAA